AUGUGGUACAAUAUAGAAAUAAAAGUUGGAUCUGCCUCUGCAGCUCAAGGAAAACUUGUCUCUUUGGGGCAUCCGGACCCUCCUCUUGACUUUAAAAAUACUGAAGAUUCUACAAAGUUGGGUCACAAGAUUUUGAAUGCGGAGCUGGAAAAGACAGUUGGAGACAAGAUGGUUAAAUCCUGGAAUAGUUUCUUUGCAAAUAAGCCUACUGGUAAAUCUACCUUUCCCUCUGUGGAAGAUAUUUCUGAUAGAAAGGAUAAAGUUAAGGCCAAUAAGGAUGAUCCCCUUGUGGAGAAUGCUCAUAUCUCUGAGGAUGAUGACAAUUUUGAGUCUGAUGAGGAUUCUACCAAUCCUCCCCCUAAAAGGAAAUCGAGGCUUAGUAAGAAAGUUGAAGAAGACACUGAAGAGACAGUUGAUCCUAAGCAAGAGCAGGAGAAGGAGGAGAAGGAUAAGAAGAGUAAAGACAUUGUGAUUGUUGAUGAUGAGUCGGGUUCUAGCUCUGUCCAGCAUUCUUCCAGAUGCAGAACUAGGCGAAAUGCUAAAGAGUUGGAGUUGAAGACUAAAGGUAAUCAACAGGUGCAGGAAAGAAAAGACCUUAAAGAGGCAGCAAAUGCUAUGAUGAUGCUUGUCAAGGAUGCUGAGGAUACCAUAAAGAUUUUCACCUAG